GCGCUUCCGGGCCAAUGGGAAGCUGGCCUGUCCGGCCGUGGGGCACGCGCCUGCCGCGCAUGGCCGCCGCGCGCAGCGCCAGGAAAUCUUGGACAAAGGCAGGAAGAAAGACCCUGUGAUUUUGGUGUAGCUGCGUCAGCGUUGCCUUUCUGUGUACAACAUAGACAGUACACAUCAUUGCUGUAACCAACAAACAGGAAUCAUAAUAUGCAAAACAUCUUCCCUAGAAAAAAAGAUACCCUCAUUUUGGAUGAUUGUCCUCACAGUCUAAGAGAUUGAUUUUUAUGAAAGAAGAAUGUACCAUUUUUUGUGUCCGUAAGAGACAAAAAAGACUCGCAGAACAAGCAUUUGGAAACAGAAGCUUAUAUAACUUGACGGCCCUUGGGCUUUUAUUAAUAAGCAUCCGCAUGCAAACUAUUUUUCAUUUUAUAACUUCAUCAGAUACAGUGAGCUAAUAGAUAAUUUGGUCUUGUGAUGGCACUCCUUUCUCAAACUAGUCAGCAGGGUUUUCAGGCUUUGCUAUGGAAAUGUCACAUGUUCUGGCCUGUUUUAAGAUGUCGACAACUGUUUGCUGCCUCUUUCAGCAUCCCUAAUAGGAAAAAAAUUAACUAUUUAAGUUUUAUGACAUCUUCCAGCACUUCAUUACCAGUGGACCCCAAAGAAACUGAUGUCUUGCCUACCAAGAAAAGGUCUGAAAUUGAUUGCAAAGAAGGAAAAGGAUGGGACGAGGACACUGAAGAAAUACCUGAAGGGAAAUUCCACAUUUCUUCCUCUGUUGGAGCUGCAAAGAAAUGGCCGAUGAGUAAUAUUCUGUUAAGGCAUAAGUUUAGAAAUGUACAACCUCCAGAAAAACCUUUGCAGGCUGAGGAAUGGAACAAACUAAGGGAAGAUUUCCAAUUUCCUGAAAUAUUUGAGGAGGUGAUGCUGAACAGUAUGAUCAGGUGCAACAGCCCCAUUGAUGUGGCCAAGUCCUUGCUGACUGAGCUGGCAAAGCGUAAUGGUGACAUUGCAUACAAUGUGUUGGUCAAAUACCUGACACUGUGUGUCCAGCAGGGACAGGUUUCAGAAAUCCGUGAUGUGCAUGACAUAAUGAAAGUCAGGUUUAAGAUUUUGGAAGGUGGGGCUUACAACCUUCUAAUCAAGGGGUUGAGCAAUUCAGAUCAAUGGAGAAUGGCCUUGACUCUUUUGGAAGAAGUAAAAAAGAUUAUGAUUCCCUCACGGACGUGCUAUGAAUCCUGUAUCAAAGCAGCUGGCCGUCACCAAGAAAUGAAACUCGCCUUUGAACUGUACAAUGAAAUGUUGGCUAAAGAUGUAGUCCCAACCUUGGAUGUCCUGCAGUCGUUUUUUAGCUUCAGCAGGGGUAUGAAAGGUGCUGAGUUACAAAAAGAGCUCUUUGGUAUCCUCUUAUAUUUGAGAGAGAACCAAAUAUACCCUCACAAAACGUUUAUGCGGAGCAUUAAGCUAUGGUUUGAAAGUAUACCAGGAGGAAACUGGAGAGGACACCUGACCAACAUUAAAGACAGUGGACAAUGCCCAGUUUGCAACCAUCAGCUGGAGGACAGUAACCUCACCGAAGAGGAGUACAGUAAUCUCAGCGAGAGAAUAAUAAGGGACGUGAUACAUGGAACUGACACUUUUAGAAAGACAAGUCCAAAGGAAUUUGAGGCCUUUCAAACAUUUGUGGAAAAUCGACUUCCGUUUGAUAUUGUUAUUGAUGGACUCAAUGUUUCCCACGUAAAAUCCAGAAAGAAGCAGUGUGAAAAUCUGUUUGAUGCUGUCAACUGCCUGGCGAAAGAGAAUGCCCGGUUGCUUGUGCUGGGGCGUAAACAUAUGCUGAUGAACUCUUCAAAUUGGAAAAAAGAAAUUAUGAAAGAGAUGCAGAAUAAGGCAGACUUCUUCUUUGCUGAAAAUAUCUCUGAAGAUGAUGCCUUCUUGUUAUAUGCCACUCUCAGAUCAGGCAAGCAUUGCAGGUUUGUUACGAGAGACUUCCUGCGGGAUCACAAGGCUUGUCUCGCUGACAGUCUGACGCGUCACCUGUUCCGGAAGUGGCAGCGUGGCCACCAGAUAGUGUUCUUCCCUUCUGCAGAAGGAAGGAGUAUAAAUUUUCUGCCUGCUUUCCGUUAUGACUGUGUGGUACAGACUACAGGUGAUACGUGGCAUAUUCCCUAUAAAGAUGUUUUUGAGGAAAAAUAUUCAUAUCAAGUACCAAGAAAAUGGCUCUGCAUUCAACAGAAAUGAUGAAUGUAAUUGGACAAGCUGAAGCUGCCUUGUUUGUUUGUUUGUUUGUUUGUUUGUUUGUUUGUUUGUUUGUUUGUUUGUUUUUAAUCACUGUUGCUGGCUGGGAGAACUCAGCAGGACAGUUACGAGAUUAAUGUGUGAGGUGUGUAACUAAAGAAAAUUGAGUGGCUGCUUUUGACAAAAUCAUUCCUGCAUACAUCUCUUACCAUCAGUGGUGGCCCAGUGAGGGUGAAUUAGGUCCAUUAUUUCCAUUUUUACAGGCAAUUUUUGUGAUUUGAAUUAAAACUUGAUUUUUCCUGUUGGAAUUACAGUUUAGGCAUCCUUAUAUUUUAUUUUUUCUCAAGCUUUUCAUCUACACUCUAAUUAUAAACUCUGCACAGAGAGGAGAAGUUAAGCAAGACUUUCAAAGUACCUUCAGAGUUUGUGUGCUGACCUUGCAAGAGUGUUGCACAAUGUCUACUUCCAUUCAGUGGACCUAAGGGGGACAAAUGGUCUAUCUCCCAUUUGCCAGAAACACUCAUUCUGGUUUCCUCAUUCUAAUUAGAAUUUGUUUGAUCACAUAGCGUGCAAGAGAUGGGUUAGAGGAACAUAGAGCAAUCAUUUGUCUGGAAGAAUAGGGAGACAAUCAGUGGAAUGUUUUGUGACUCUAUCACACUCCUAAAUUUGCUGUUUCUGACAGGAUUUGGAAUCACUGCAAUAGUUUGCUGAUGGAAAUGUGUGGAUUUUUUAAAUGAAAAUGGACGGCUAGAAAUUCUUAAAGACAAUAAUAGAACAAAAUUGAUUCUUGUACAUUCCUAUAAAAUCUAUGACAAGUUAUAAAACAAAAAAAAAAAAAAAAGCAUAAAUUACAGGAAAAGUGUCCUAAGUUGUUUUUAAGUGUGUGUGGUAAAUGUAUUUGUUUAUUGCACUUACAUCUUUAAUGCAAACCUUUCUCCACCCAAAACAUAGAAAUUCCACAUAAAUCUCAAAUUAAAUAUCCUGAGCCGAUCACACUUGUCUCGUACAAAAAUCCUGUUGGAAACUGAGAUGAAACAUGAAGGUCUUUUUGUAUAGAACUUGCAGUUCUGAGUUCUUGCAGGGCCCUGUGACAAGCUCCCUCAGGACUCAGUAUUCAAGCAUGUUCCCUGCUAUUUUUUUUUUUCCAGGACAGUCCUGACACAUGUUCUACUUCUGGUAUGAGUUUGUAAACCAGCAGGUGUGAUUUGCAUACCGUCAUGUCCUUCAGGUACUGUGCAGAAAGUGUAGAGGAGCUGGGUGCCUCUGAAGGUAACAUAAAACCUUGCCUUUGACUUCAUCAUAUUGUUGGUAGCAUUCAUCACAAACCCUUCUCCUGACAGAAUGUGACAGCUCCUAUGGAGGCCAGCAGGGAAAGCAGAGAGAUCAGAUCUACUUCUCUCAUUCCUCAAUACUUCUAAUUUGUCAGAAGAUUGCUUUUAUAACUCUUUAUGUCAGAGAACUGCCAUAUCUCCUUGAAAGUGGAAAUAGUGCUUUUAAAUUAGGUGUUUGCUGCUGUGCAGGACUGCUUAGUUAGCAGCUGCCGCUCUGUAUGAGGCUCCUGCACUCAACUAGCACCAUUGCACAGGUACCGGUACCAGUACCUGUGUGGGAGUGGGGUUCAAAUGUCAGGCGGCAGAAGGUGGGUCCCUGCAGCAGCUCUGCCUUAGGUCAGCCCUAGCUGGGCAGAAACCACACCCUCAGGGUACCCAUUUCAUUGCCAGCCACGUUCAUCUGUUGAAGUUGGUAUUUCACCUCACCCUUAACAUCAACAGGCAUGCAUAAUGUCCACAUACAACUGUAAUAAAUGCAUCCUCUACUUCCUUUUUUGCUCA